AGAAAAUAACGAAUAAUGCGCCAUUCUAAUGAUCUAUUCUCCUUAUUUCCAGACUCAAACGCGGUGGCGAGCGAACGCGGCGCGAACUACAACAGCGAGGUGUGGUUUAAGGCGGCCACCAUCGCCGUACCGGUGUGCGGCGCGCUCAUACUGUUCAUACUGGUCGCGAUAGCUGUACGGAUGCUGAAGGCGGACGCUCUGUUGCACGCCGAUCGGAAAUUAAGAGGCGGCUACAUGUCCCCCCUCCAGCACAACACAGAAGACGUCAAAAAAGUGUGGGUCGGGACCCCCACGGCCCCGCUUCUCGUAGCGCCGGGCGGCUGCGUGGUGGCCGUGGAGCGAGCCCAACUAGUGGACGUGCCAAGCCCACUCUGUGAUAUCCAGCGGUAGACUGCUAGUGCCACUAAUCUCUUUGGCGGGCUGUGGUAGAUGGCGGUGUGUGUGUCAGUGUGUGGGACCUUCGGAAAUAAUACCCUCUUGUGUCAGUAAUAGAGACUAAAUUGGUCUGCAGAUUGAACUCGGAUUAAACCAAUCAAAAUAAGUGAUGCGAGCGUAACGAUAAAGCUUUGUCCUGAUUAAUCAAUUUUUGCGAUCGAUCCGGAGUUUAUUAUUAUGGCCGUAAAGCGACCAUGAUAGAGCUUAUUUUUCUACACUUUAAAAAUGCCAAUGUCGCUAUUACUUUCGAUUGCUUAUAGCGAAAAAUGAUAUGGAAAUUGCAUAAAUAUUUAAGAGAUUCGAAGAAAUUUAACAUUUUACUUAUCUCAAGCUACUAUUAGAUAUUGAACAAAAAUGCAUUUUAUAAAUUAUGUGUAAAAUUUUAAUUGCAUUGCCAUAUCAUUUCUCGCUUCAUACAAGAUGCAAAAUAAAAAUUAAAUCAUCUAAGGGUUGAUUUUUUAAUAGUCCGAUAAAAAAUCUAAUAAAUUAUAACUUGACUGAAUAGAAAAGUCAAACAUUUCACCUAUUCUAUCUACACGACUGAAAUUUUUAAUUUGCUAGUGUUGUAUUUUGUCUUAAAUAAACUUAUAUCUGAUUAUUGAACAAUCAGCCCUCACUCAUAUAAAACUAUUUUUCUCAGGGGCCUUAUUCCGUCCAUGAGGGCAAAUCCAUCUUUUUUCAAUUACAGGCUUUCUAGUCGAAGGACAGCUUUAAUUGUCAUAUAGGUAAAUCUUUUAUCUAUACUGCUCUUAAAGCAUCUGUCUGCUGUCAUGUUUUAAGUAGAACACCCGUGAUUGCAAAAAGGCGCAUAUAUCCCAACAGACGGAAUAGGCCCCUUUGACUUUUCCAUAUUUUACAUAUAAUUUGGUUGUGCACAUUAUAUAAAAACGAAUGUAUGGUUGUUAAAUUAGAUGUAUCGAAACGUUUCACCGCGCAUUAGGGCUCGAUCCAUUGAGAGUGGAAACGCCGCGUUCCGCACGCUCAGCGGUGAAAACUAUUGAAUCUAUACAAAUUUGAUCUCAGAUAUACGUGUAUCCGUCAUUACACUCUCAGCCCGCUGGUAUACCAAAUCUACCACAUUGUAUAUUUAAUUUUGUAAGUGCUUCGUGUUCCUCUAUUGUAAUCUUUGUAAAUGUACUCCCUUUAAGAUUGUGACAGUAACUUAUACAGUUACCACGUGGUAUAUACCGAAUUUACCAUUUAAACAUGCCAUCAUGUGAAUAGGAUAGGUGACCAUUAAUGUGAAGACCACGGAGAUAGAGUCAAUUAUGAUAUGACUGAUUUUGUGUAUAUCAUGUGAACUAUAUUUUCCAAGCUACAUUUACGUACUGAUGCAGAAACGCUAGAAAAUACGUUGUGUAUCAUAACCCUAUUGCUACCAUAAAUCUAAGAGAUUAAAAAUAAAGUGUUAUCUAUUUCUGUAAAAAUAUUGGCGUGAGUUUAAAUUGGAUUGAAAUAAGUUUUAAUUUCAUCGAUUCUAUUUGACAUUUUAAAAAGAUCAAUUUCUGUACGCUUUUAUAGUAUUUGUAGUUGGACUUUCCUUUUUAAAUCAAUUUUAUUACUAUUUUAUGAUGUUAAAGGCAUGUACAAUUUCCUACGAAUGGGAAAUAUUUCUAAGUAAUUCCCAUAAUGGGAAUCAAAGUGCACACAAUAAUGGUACUUAUAGACAAAUAUAUUUUAAUAGUGUAUUCACAUUUAUGACAAAUCACUGCAUGCAUUUUCUUCCAUACACAUUAUAUGUUGUAAAUAUUAGUAGUAAGAUGUUACCUGUUGUGGGCUGUUUUAGUUGAAUCCACUGGCAGUAGCGUUUUCCUAGUCUUUUGUAUCUGAUUUUUUAUAAGCAUUCUGUGUACAUUUGUCGACUCCAGUGGAUUUAGCUCGUGGUCGAAAAUUCAAAUUGUCACAAUGUAUUUUAAUUUGGUUAGUGAGUUAAUGGAACGAGCCUUCUGUAGGGUGUUUUAUCGUCCAACUUCUAAGAUUUGUUGUUACAUUAGGGCCUAUGCAUACGACUAGAACGCGUUAUAAUACACUUUAUAUAUUUUUAUACGUACUCGCUUAAACACACAGAACGCGCGUAAAAAACGCUCGUCGUUAAACAAUGCCGUGUGCAUAGACCCUUAGUCAAAUUGUGACCAGUUGAAGAAUUUGCAAAUUUUUUACACUUCAAAUGGCUCGUUUCUAUAAUUUCUAUAAAGAAUAAAUUUUCGACCAUAGUUAUUCGGCUAGAAAUGAAGCUUCCUUGUGGGUGCCUUAUCGUUAAUAGAUCACUAAUGUAGGUGCAAGUAAAUACUCCGUUAUUGUAAUGUUUAAUGAAUAUACCUGCGAUCUUUAUGUAAAUAUAAUGUAUGUGUAUAAAUAAAAAGAAAUUAUUUUAUUACUCGAA